UUAAGAGUUGUCAUCUUACUUUUUUAUUGAUGAAAUCAGUCAGUGUUUUGUUGGUUUGCUUGGUGAAUUCAGAAUAUUUUUCAGCUAAAAUCUGUGUUGUGUUUUGUAUUUUAAUUGAGUUCCUUCUAAAUAUCAUACAAGUUAUUUAACCGUUUUUACUUUGCUGUAACUUGUAUCAACAAUGACUAACGACGAAUCGAUUUUGAAGCAAUACCUUGCGAAGUAUAAACAUCGAGAUUACACCAUUCGGGAGGUGCUCAACGUGAUACAGCUUUACAAAAGUUUGGUUUAUCGUUUAGAAGCCUUUGUAUUUAACAAUGGUUCUAGAAAAGACUUACUGCAUCUCGAUGGUACUAUACCAGUCAACUAUAAAGGAGCUUGCUACAAUAUUCCUAUAUGUAUCUGGCUCAUGGACACUCACCCCCAGAACGCUCCUUUGUGUUUCGUGAAACCUACCCCGGACAUGUCUAUUAAAGUUUCGAUAUAUGUAGAUAACAAUGGCAAAAUUUACUUGCCAUAUUUGCAUGAAUGGUCACAAAAUGGCUCAACACUGUUACAGUUAAUCCAGGCGAUGAUAACCGCUUUCGGGGAAAUACCGCCAGUGUAUUCGAAACCUCGGAACGAAUCUAGACCUUAUCCAGUUUCACCUUUUAUGCCUCUACCUAGCUCUGGCUACCCCUAUCCACAAGGAACCCCACAACCAGGUUAUCCUUCAACAACUCCAUAUCCAACAGCAUCUAAUUUGCCGUACCCUGGUUACGGAGCGCCAUACCCGGGUGCUGUAAACACAAAUGGCACUCCAUAUCCUCCAGCAUCUUCAACCACUCCAUAUCCACCAGCAACUACUUAUACUCCUGGUAAUGAUGCAGCUGGAGGAACAAUAACUGAGGAACACAUCAAAGCAUCUCUGUUAUCAGCUGUUGAAGACAAACUGAGGAGAAGACUCAAAGAACAGUCACAGCAGUCACAGGCAGAACUCGAGACUCUACGUAGAACAGAACAAGAGCUCCAGCAGGGUAAGACACGCCUGGAGGAUAUUUUAGCUAGAUUGCAGAGAGAACGAGCAGAGCUUGACCAGAAUGUCACUAUUUUACAAGAAAAGGAGAAAGAACUACAGGCAGCUGUAGAAAGAUUGGGUGAACAGGAAGGUAUUGAUGUAGACGAAGCCGUGGUGACUACAACUCCCCUAUACUCUCAGCUGCUAAAUGCAUUUGCUGAAGAAGCUACACUAGAAGAUGCUAUUUAUUACAUGGGAGAAGCUCUAAGGAAAGAAGUUAUUGAUCUUGAUACAUUUUUGAAGCAGGUUCGUACUUUGGCACGCAAGCAGUUUGCUUUGAGAGCUCUUAUGCAUAAAUGUAGACAGAAAGCUCAGCUGGCUUGUUAAAUGAAAUCAAAGAUCACAUACUGAGCACCAUAUGGAAUGGAAUUGACUAAGCAGAAUGCUAAAAGUUAAUAUUUUUUAAUUAUUUAGUAUGACUUAGGUAUAACAAUUCAAAUUAGUUUUUCAUUGGUGUCAGUGUCGAAAAUAUGUUUGAUGUGUUAUAUAAUUUUAUAUUUUGAAAUAUGUUCAAACAAUAUUUUGUCUACAUUUUACAUAAACUGAUAGCAUUGGCAAUAGUUAAAAUGUUUCUAUGUAAUUAUAUGAAUUUGUACAUAAAAUUUGUUGUUGCCAGUCUAAUUUAAUAAUAUCUUACAAAUAUGAUUAUAAUAUUAUAAUUAUUACGUAAUAUCACAUUUGUUAUGUUAUAGUUAUGACUAGAUCUGUCACCACAUAGAAAUAUGCAGUUUUAUAUGUGGUUGUGAUAGUAUUUCUAGCUUGUUUUUUUUUUAAACAACUUUAUGAUCUAAGUAGUUUCAUUAAUACAAUGUGUUAUGUUAAAUCUGGGAAUAAUGGAUAAAGUUGUAAAGUGAGGCUUUCAUUUAUUUAAAGGAAUUGCUACAAAAGGAAAAAUAAGUUUUAUUAUUUACUGCAUUCAUAGAUAUUUUUUUACCAUGUGGAAAUUUUAUCAACACAAAUUUUAAAAUAGGAAUAAAAAAAUAUUUGUGAGAAGGUCUGCUUAAAUGCUCAAAUAUUUGUGAAAGUAAUUAGACAAAAAUCUGAAAAAGUUUAUUAGGAAUAUUUGAGUUUCUGUAUUCUUCAAAGCAACAUCUCAGAAUUUGUCUUAUUUUUUCUUAUCAAUUGAUAGGAACUUGUAUGUGACUAUGUAGUUUUCAAAUGCGCUGGUUUAUAUCAUUAGUAUUAAUUGGAAAAUUAGACAAUAAGACAAACAUAUAUUUAGUAAUUACAGAAUCUACAUAUAUACAGCCUGUUAAAAGUACUUUUAUUGCAAGUGCCAUGUAACAGGAAUAUAAUGCAAAGUGAUUGUAAUAUUAAGUUUUUUAUGUGUAAUAAUUAUUUACAUUAAGGCUGUAUACUAUAUUAUUGCUUCAUGGAUAUUUUUUAAAACUAUAAUGUAAAAGUAAAUAAUGUACUAUUUAAUGGGUCCUGAAGGUUAUUUUUUAUUUUUGCUUUAAUUCUGCUAGUUAAGAAAUUGAAAACUGCCCUAUAUUUUUCGUCAUCCUUUAGCAGUUUAGAUGAGAUUAAAUAAAGAGCUGGAUGGCUUUGAUAAUAUUGUUAUCAAAAUCAGAACAUUGUUACUCAUAUGUAUGUAUUACUCUUAUUUACUCAUGUCUUAACUGUUGUAUUCUGAAAGAUAGUUGUUAAUCAGUUAAAUAUCUUAAUGAAUGUAAAUAGGGUAAGUUUUGCAUUGCAUGUCAUUGUGGACUGAUAAACACUUGUCACAAUAAAUAUGAAAUUGUAUCAAAUAU